AAGACAAGGGGGACAUUUUCGACAGUCGGCUUCGAGAGGACAGUUGCAGAAACAGGAACAAGCAGAAAAACAGGAAAUAUGACACAUCCAAAAUAUCAGUGUUAUGGGAGCUGAAACACAAUGCUGUUGUGAUACAUCUGCAUGUAUUGAUAUGUCUAACAGUAUUUCCUACCUUUUACAAAGCAGAAACAAUCAUUCGGGUUUGGCUUCUGGCUGCAAACAGGCGUCUCCAGCUCUGUGUCCACUUCGGCCACGUGUUCGCUGCGGUUAAGCUGCUCUGCCAUUUUGGCUGCCAUUAGGCGCAAAGAGACGAACGCAGCUGUUAAUGGGGCAGGUGAUGUGAUGUCUGAUCUGCUGUUGUUUACCAGAGUGUGACGCCCCGCUGUGUGCUGCUGCUCGGGGGAUGCUCGGCGGACACGGAGACCACGUCUGAACACAAUGAACAGCCAAGACAAAUGGGUCACGCUGACCCCAGCUGAAUUUGCCCUCCUACAAGAAUACACUCAAUACUCAACCAAGAAGCUGAAGGAUGUGCUGCAGGAGUUCCAUGGAGAUGGAGUGCUGGCUAAAUACAACCCGGAGGAGAAGCAAGAGAUCCUCAGCCAGGAGAUUGACUUUGAGGGCUUCAAGGUCUUUAUGCAGACGUUCCUGGAGAGCGAACUCCCUGAGGAGUUCUGUCAACACCUCUUCAUGUCGUUUAGCAACAAGGGACCCAAACCCAGUCCCUCAUCUUCUGACAAACCCAGAGCCUCUGGGCUGAAGCUGAUCAAAGGGAACUCGACCCCUCUGAAGACGUCCGCUCUGCCCCAGCCUCUGGACACGGUGCAGCUGAAGGACAUCGUGUGUUACCUCUCAUUGCUGGAGGGCGGGCGUCCCGAGGACAAACUUGAGUUUAUGUUUCGCCUCUACGACACAGAUGGAAACGGGUCUCUGGACAGCUCGGAGCUGGAGCACAUUAUCUCCCAGAUGAUGCACGUAGCCGAGUACCUGGAGUGGGACGUGACUGAACUGAAACCAAUCCUCCAGGAAAUGAUGCGGGAGAUCGACUACGACCACGACGGCACAGUGUCGCUGGAGGAGUGGAUCCAGGGAGGCAUGACCACCAUCCCACUGCUGGUCCUGCUGGGCCUGGAGACGAAUGUCAAAGACGACGGGCAACAUGUGUGGAGACUGAAGCACUUCAACAAGCCGGCCUACUGUAACCUGUGUCUCAACAUGCUAAUUGGGCUGGGGAAGCAGGGACUCUGCUGCUCAUUCUGCAAGUACACAGUCCACGAGCGCUGCGUGGCUCGCGCGCCGCCAUCUUGCAUCAAAACCUACGUCAAGUCCAAGAAAAACACAGAGGUAAUGCAUCAUUUCUGGGUGGAAGGGAACUGCCCCACCAAGUGUGACAAGUGUCACAAAACCGUUAAGUGUUACCAGGGCCUGACUGGGCUCCACUGUGUGUGGUGUCAAAUCACGCUCCAUAACAAGUGUGCCUCCCAUGUGAAACCUGAGUGUGACUGCGGACCCCUGAAGGAUCACAUCCUGCCCCCCAACUCAAUCUGCCCCAUCAUCCUGGAGAGGCAGUCGACGCUGAGGAAGGACUCCCGGUCCAGCCAGUCGAGUCGAGGGAAGAUGCAGAGAGCCAAUUCAGUCACAGUGGACGGUCAAGGCCUGCAGAUCACAACAAUAGAGGGCACUCAUCCUCUGCUAGUGUUUGUCAAUCCGAAGAGCGGGGGGAAGCAGGGCGAGAGGAUUUACAGAAAGUUCCAGUAUCUUCUGAACCCGAGACAAGUGUACAACCUGGCCAAGAAUGGACCCAUGCCAGGGCUGAACUUCUUCAGAGACGUUCCUGAUUUCAGAGUGUUGGCCUGCGGAGGGGACGGCACCGUGGGCUGGAUCCUGGACUUCAUCGAUAAGGCCAACCUGGACAGGAACCCCCCCGUGUGCAUACUUCCUCUUGGCACCGGCAACGACCUGGCAAGAUGUCUGCGAUGGGGAGGAGGCUACGAGGGCGAAAGCCUCCUGAAGAUAAUGCGGGACAUCGAGAACAGUUCGGAGGUGAUGCUGGACCGCUGGAAGAUCGAUGUCACACCCACAGACAAGGACGAGCGAGGGGACCCGGUGCCUUACAGUAUAAUGAACAACUACUUCUCCAUCGGAGUGGAUGCCUCCAUCGCACAUCGUUUCCAUGUGAUGAGGGAGAAGCAUCCUGAGAAGUUCAACAGCAGAACAAAGAAUAAGCUGUGGUACUUUGAGUUCGGCACUUCGGAGACCUUUUCGGCCACAUGUAAGAAGCUCCACGACUUUCUGGAGGUUGAGUGUGAUGGGGUUACUCUGGACCUAAGCAGCAUCUCCCUGGAAGGCAUUGCCAUUCUCAACAUUCCCAGCAUGCACGGUGGCUCCAACCUUUGGGGUGAGAGCAAGAAGAGGAGGGGUAACCGCAAGGGGGGGAAGAAGAGCCAAGACAAGAGGACACCAGUGCUCGACCCCAAAGAGCUCAUGUUUGCAGCCCAAGACCUGUCUGACCAGUUGCUGGAGGUGGUGGGGCUGGAAGGAGCCAUGGAGAUGGGUCAGAUUUACACCGGCCUGAAGAGCGCUGGAAGACGCCUGGCGCAGUGCUCCUCUGUGACCAUCAGAACCAGUAAAUCCCUCCCAAUGCAGAUUGAUGGGGAACCUUGGAUGCAGACUCCCUGCACUAUUGAGAUCAUCCACAAGAACCAGGCUCCCAUGUUGAUGGGACCACCACAACGCCGAAGCUUCUUCUCCUCCAUCAUCAGGAGAACACGCACAGAGAGCAAAGACUGAUGUGUCACCAGUUCAAGGCCUUCGAGUCCUCGCGAGCAGCUGCAGAGCAGCGGUCACAAGUCGAUCAUCACUUGGCCCAUUCGUGAAAGUUGGGUCUUUGAUGCCUGUUUGAUAGCCCAGCAUACAGUAGCAAACUGUAGGUGCAGUAUGGAGACCUCCCUGAGAAGCCCUCCAUUAAUCCAAAUGAGGUGCAUUUAGAACCGAUGCUUUGAUCCGCAGUGUGUAGUGUAGUUUAGCGCCGAGAACACUGAAGCUAUUUCAGGAAGUCCAGGUUUAUAAAAGUCUUGUUUUUAUUUUCGCUGUUGUGAUCUGUGCCAUGUGGAAAAGACCCACAGAUGAAUGUGUUUUGUGAUAUGAUGUAUUUAUUUAUUUAUUCAUACUUUGCUGCUAUUGAUGUUUUUUAACAGUUUUUGCAUUUGCAUAGCCCUGAUGCAUGACGGACGGCGAACGAGGUAGCUGCUGUUGACGCUGACAUAUCAGGAGUUCGCAGCUGAUCUUUCCCAAGUGUUUAGUAAGAAGUGAAGUCUCUUUGCUCAGCAUUUCUUCAGCACGUCACUCAUGAAUGACUUCAAGUAGUGUGAAAACAGAGAGUCUCCUUUGCUUUAUUCUAAUGGCUCCUGCAAGUGAACCUCGUUGUGUUUUGAUCUGCUGUGUUGCUGCUCCGUCAGUGAAAAGAUGAGGAAUGAUUAUUGAUCUUCAUAAAAAAUGCAUGACACUCUUUGUUUCACGUCGCACGAGAGAUUUCCAGACAGUUUUGUGUGCACACUUUCCGUUGCAUGGAUGACCGAGAUCUAUUUUGACACUUGUGAUAAUUGAUCGUUUUUGAAUCUACACCUGCAGUGCUGAUCAGUUUAAUCAUAUCAUAUUUAUAUCUGUAAGAUGGCUACAUUUUUAUGAGGUCCUGCAUUUUUCUGAAGUGGUACUCAGGUACUUUUAAAGUGAAAAACAUUGAAAAGGCAACAGAAAAGGGUAGCACCCAGUCAGACCGUGUGUUGGAUAUUCACGGGAACAGUUUGACCUCCUCUGGUCAUUGAUUUGCUGUGAUGCUGUCUGCCAUUGAGUGUUUACAGUCCGUUGCUCAUACAAGCGUACAUUAACCAAUUAAAUCUUAAAUACAAAAUGACUAUUGACCACAUAUUGUACAAGCUUGAUUUAAAGAGUCAGUGCUGAAAAUCAGUCCGGUUCAAUUAUCACAUUUUUUCAGAGGCAUUUUACAACUCGUCAUGUGUGCACAUUCUGUCGAUAAAAUAAUUUAUAGUGAAAAUUUUUCAUUCAUUUUAAUUUGUUAAUUUCAUAUAGGAGUCUUACGCAAAUAAACGACAUUAUUCUGGAUGGUAAUGAUAUUGAUUCAGUGCAUUUCUGCAUUUAAAUAGUAUUUAUCUCAUACAUUCUCACCAAAGGUAAAUACGCAAACCCACAUUAACUUCAACUUCCAGGGGAUUCAUUACAGACAUACAAGUGUCAAAUACACCUGAUAAAUGUGUUGUUUUUAACAGAAUUGCACUUCUGCUCGUUUUCUGAGAAUUUUAGGCUUGACUGUUCCAGUCUGAAAAAGUGUCAUACCCCAGAGGAGGCUGAGGUCUGAUGAGUCUCCAUCUCUUUGCUUUGUACUCUGCAGCAUUUGUACAGUGAGGUUGUAUUUUUGUACACAGUAUUAUUUAUUUUCUGCUUCCUGCUUCACUCACGUUGUUCUGCCUAAAACAAAUUAUGCCUGCCAAUGUUGACCGAGAAAAGUUGUAAUGGAAAUAAAGCUUUUGUUGUUUG